CAAGCGCCAUGAAGUUAUCAGCCGUUCUAGUUUUUCUGACGGUCGUGAGUAGUUCUCAGGCACGAUCACCGCGGGUCGAGACAUCUUCAGGAGGUAUAGUUGGUUACGUUAAGAAGUCUCGUUCAGGUAGGGAGUAUGCAGCUUUCGAAGGUGUUCCUUACGCACAGCCUCCUCUUGGAAAACUUCGGUUUCUACCACCGAAACCUGUCCUGAAAUGGAUCCAGGAUCUUCCAGCAACGAAGAAGAGUCAGGUUUGCACGCAAUACCUCAUGUCUCCGGUAAAGGGAGACAGGGUCAUAGGUUGCGAGGAUUGUUUGUACAUGAACAUUUACGUACCAACUAUAAAGGACAAAAAAAAAUUGUUGCCAGUGAUGUUUUGGAUCCACGGUGGAGCUUUCCAGUUCGCUAGUGGAAACGAGGCGGACGAGACGCUUUUGAUGGAUCGUGAUGUUAUAUUGGUCACGAUCAAUUAUCGUUUAGGACCUUUCGGUUUCCUUAGCACGGGAGACCGUGUGCUACCCGGAAACAUGGGACUGAAAGAUCAGAGUAUGGCUUUGCGAUGGGUGUCGAACAAUAUUCAUUCCUUCGGUGGCAAUUCCAAAGAAAUCACACUCUUUGGCAUGAGUGCUGGCGGUUCAAGCGUGCACUAUCAUUAUUUAUCGCCAUUAAGUGCUGGACUAUUCCAACGUGGCAUAUCGAUAAGUGGUGUAGCACUCGAUUGCUGGGCUCAGCCGAAACAUGUUCAGGAAAAAGCUUUAAAACUGGGUGCUCUGAUGGGAUGUCCCACAAACAAUCUAAGUAAAAUGAUCGAAUGUUUACGAGAACGUCCAGCCCGACUUAUUUCUCAAGCUGUUGGCGAUUUCAUGUAUUGGCUAUACAAUCCAUUCACUCCGUUCGGGCCAGUCAUCGAGAGGCAAAAGUGUCCUCGUCCGUUUAUUAAUAAAUCACCGAUCGAGAUCAUUGCUAGAGGCGAAGCGUUAGACGUUCCGUGGAUUGCAGGAGUCGUUGAAGACGAGGGAUUAUAUACUGCUGCAGAAUUUGUCGCCAACGAGGAACUUCUGGAAGAGUUGAACGUGAAAUGGGAUAACAUAUCACCAUUUUUGCUCGACUUUAACUAUACCAUUCCGCUCGAAGAACAUAAAACUGUGUCUGAGAUGAUUCGGAAGCAUUAUCUCGGAUCUGAUAACAUUUGCAGCAAAACGUCAGCCGCGGUGGUACAGAUGAUGAGCGAUCGGUUGUUUAAGCUCGACUAUGCAAAAGCAGUUCGUUUGCAGGCGGAAAUGCACAAAAGUCCGGUUUGGACCUAUUUGUACUCGUACAGGGCUCAGCACAGUCUUAGCGACCGCUUAAGCGGCACCACUAAAAAUUUCGGUGUCAGCCAUGGCGACGACAUAUUUCUCAUUCUUGAUUCGACGAUAGAUAACACUUCGAAUUUUGUGGAUAAAGAAAUGCAGAAGAUUCUGCUUGACUUUUACACGUCGUUUGCUAUCGAGGGGACACCGAAGAUCGGUAAAGUCGAAUGGAAGAAACUGGUCGGCAACGAAAAAGCGUUUUCUUACUUGCAUAUAAAAAAUCCAAGUGAACUGGUCAUGGCCAGCGACAACGACUUUGCGCAGAAGAAGUUUUGGUCCACGAUUAAAUUCAACGAGAAUAAACUGUCCAAAUCAUUAACUACUGAGGUUCGAGAUAAAAUAAACGGAAAAUAGCUGUUUAUUGUGAUUAACCAUUUCUGACAAGUAGCAAAGAAACGAAUAAAAAUUGAAAUUUCAUAUUCCUUUAACGAGAUAGUAAAUAUUUAAUAACGAUACAGAGGGUAUAUGAUUUACAAUAACAGACUAUAAUCUCUUGUUCAUACAGAAUGGAUGACAAAUCUGUUGUAUUUAAUUAAACCUUCCUUUUUGCGGUUACAUAAUAUCAGAUACAUUAUCAGUUAAAUGAUUACUUUACUAAUUUUCUAUCGAUAUACGACAUGCCAGACUUAGUUGAAAUAAUAAAUAUUCAGUAGGAUAUUUCAUUUUUAACAUUUCAUUGAAGUUGUUUUGCAGAGUUCGUUCAAGUAAUAACGAAAAAAAAUGUAUUUAUCAUCGAUAGUUUAAACAAUAAAGCAGAAUAUGUAUAGACAAAAAUCACGAAUGUUAUUCAUCGUUAGUGUAAGACUAUUUUUGUGCAAAUUUUCCCUUUAUUAAAUCUUUUAUGCAAAUCGCAGGAAUAAAGUCGUGUUUGAAUAAUUACUUUGAUAAGAAUUGACUCGACUAAUAUUUAUUCGCGAAUGACUCAACGGUCCCGAAUUACACGCUUUUUUUCGUGGAAGGAAAAUGAUAAUUGGAACAAGUCGAGGCUUGACAUACAAAAUCGUUUAUUCAUAUAAAAGGACACUUUAUACUAGCACGUACUGUCAAAAAACUAGCCUACUUCCGUACAGUCGGGACAACCGAGAUUUUCCCGGCUCGCUCGUUUCUUUAUGUAUCACAUAUUAUUAUACGCGGCAAACGAUAACGGGUUAUGCUGAGAAUAAGGGUAAUAAUUGUCAUUGUGGUCGUAGGUCGUGUAUGAAAAAAAAUAAAAAAAAAU